CCGGCACUAACAUGGCGGCGCCCAGCGGCGUCCACCUGCUCGUCCGCAGAGGUUAUCAUAGAAUUCUGUCUUCACCACUCAAUCAUAUCUACUUACACAAGCAGUCAAGCAGUCAACAAAGAAGAAAUUUCUUUUUCCGGAGACAAAGAGAUAUUUCACACAGUAUAGUUUUGCCGGCCGCAGCUUCUCCAGCCCACCCAGUGCCUGAGCACAUAAAGAAGCCAGACUAUGUGACGACAGGCAUUGUACCCGACUGGGGAGACAGCAUAGAAGUUAAGAAUGAAGAUCAGAUUCAAGGGCUUCGUCAGGCUUGUCAGCUGGCCCGUCAUGUCCUCCUCCUGGCUGGGAAGAGUUUAAAGGUGGCGUCUCACCAAGCCUCAGAAGGGCUUACAGAAGGGGUUGACAUGACAACUGAAGAGAUAGAUGCUCUUGUCCAUCAGGAAAUCAUCAGUCAUGAUGCUUAUCCCUCACCUCUAGGCUACGGAGGUUUUCCAAAAUCUGUUUGUACCUCUGUAAACAACGUGCUAUGUCAUGGUAUUCCUGACAGUCGACCUCUUCAGGAUGGAGAUAUUAUCAACAUUGAUGUCACGGUCUAUUACAAUGGCUACCAUGGAGAUACCUCUGAAACAUUUUUGGUGGGCAAUGUGGACGAAUGUGGUAAAAAGUUAGUGGAGGUUGCCAGGAGGUGUAGAGAUGAAGCAAUUGCAGCUUGCAGAGCGGGGGCUCCCUUCUCUGUAAUUGGAAACACAAUCAGGCAAGAUCUCAAGGGAGUAAAUAAACAAUCUCCACCUUUAAGCCGAAAGUACUUGGAAUCAUUACAGACCGAAGGUUUACAAGCAUCUUUCAACCAGCCUUACUUAUUUUAAGAUAUUUACCAUCUUUCGCACAAAUUCCUUCUCCUGAUACACCAUGAAAAGAACAUGCAAGCAUCUUUUAUGAGUAGUACGUCACCAAAAACCGAGUGAUCUUUACGGGAAAUUUUGAAAUUUUCUGAAGCCUGUAAGGAUGGGAUGAUAUCUCCGGAGAAACACUGGCUAAAAUAGUUUAAUGAAAAGAGUUCUCUCUGUGCCCUUGUGCUUCAUGAGGGAUGGCUAGUGAUGUUUGGGCUACAGUGUUACCAUACUCCCUGUACCUCCAUUUGCUUUAAAUUAUUUCUAAAUCCGUGUAUUUGUAAUUAUCUCUAGAUGAUAUGAUCCAUGCAUAUGAGAAUACUGUGAAUGUGUAGAUUCACGCAUCCCAAAUAUGUGACAGUUCAAUCAAAAAUAAUUUAAACUUACAGUUGUAAAUGUCAUGAUGAAAGUAUCAAUAAAUGGUUUUUAAUGUUUAAUUCAUAAGUAUAUGUUUUGAUAUUAAUUUAGAAGAAUAUAAAGCAGAUUUUUAAAAAUAAUCUCUUUCUAUUAGAUUAUGCACAUUUAAACAAUAAGUGGCUCAGGCAAAAUAAGUCAUUUUAAUGUCAUCCGUGAUGGAUUUUUCUUGACAGCUACUGUAAAUUACAAUUACACUGCUUCCCUCUGCACACGAAAGUAAGCACUGCAAUAAAUUAUCUUUUAUUUCAAUCCAUCAUGUCUGCUUUUCGGAAACAGAAAACCUCAAAUAAAAGUUCAGCACUAUUGUAAGAAAAAUACAGUAAUUUGUGAUCCAGCUUGAGACAUAAACGUGUACCGCUCUUUUGGAAAACGGUUGUUGGCUUUCAAAAAUAUUACUAAUUGUACUUAAACAUUACUUGUCAUUAGAGGGAAUCCUUGGACUUGUGCAUUCCUUCAUUCAAAGCUUACUGCUUAAAAUAAAAAUCUGGAAAGACUGAAGUAAAAUUCUGUAACUUGGAAGAUCAGGUGCCAUUUAAUCAGAGAUACGACUGUUUGGAAAUUGGUGCUGUUUAUAGGAUUCACGUAGAAAUGGUGAUAAAACUAUUUCUGUAUGCAUUUUUAUUUCUUUAGAAGAGCAUGCACUUAAAUAUGGUACUCCUCUGCCCUCUUGGCGAAUGUAUCCUUAGUCAUAAAAUGUAGCUGAAAUGUAUUAAGAGUUUUAAUUUCUCCAGACAAUACUUCAAUUGAGGAAAACUACCUCAUGAAAGGGAAUUAAACUGAAGAAAACAGUCACAAGAUGAAAUUCCUUAAGAGAGAUUUCUCUUUCAACUAUAAACUGUAACUGAAACAUGAACUAUAAUAAUAGUAUAAUUUGAAAGUAAGUUCAUAGACUAUGUUUAUACACUUCCUUCUUCCUUUCCCCUCUUCUCUCACCCCAAAUAGUCCCUAUGAAGGACUUCAAGUCAUAAACGUGCUCAGGCUCAUAGGUAAACGUACUGCCUGAGAGGAUUUCUAGUUAGGGAAAAUCAGAACAAAACAGCUAAUGCCAGGAGAAUUCUUUUCAGUAGAUUUCAGCAGAAAGAAGGCAGAUCUCAUGAGUGGAAUGUCCAGGACAAGAAGACCCUUGUGCUCAGAAAUGGUCAAGGCCCUGUAAUGGCUGGUGUUGGGGCGCAACGGAGGCAUUUCUUGGGCACCCCUGCCCAUCCAGCUGUUUCCAUUUUCCUCAACACACCAGUUAAGAAAAGCACACAUGCUCCACCUUCCCAUGCCACAGUCAGGGUUACCACUACUUGCUUUCCUGUUAGAGCGGGACCUGCUAUUACAGGUCCCUUGGAUUAUCUCCAUGAAAUUAGAUUUGGACCCUAGAAUCAGGUAGAUAAUCUUGUGUUUCCCAUAUAUUCCAAAGUAGUAGAAGGAGCAUUAUUUUAAGUAGUAAUUAGGGACAUUAAUGAGAUUUAAUGGCAUUUAGUCCCAGUAAGUAUGUGUUGAAAAGCUCACUACAAAUCCAAAAGGAAAAUACCCUGAAAAAGCAGAUAGAAGUAUAUACUUAGCUUCUGGGAAUGAAGCAUUGAGAUGGGUGCUUAGCCAAGGAGCUGAGUGAAAUUUGUCCGGUUCUUUUCUUCUUUCCACCCGGCUGUGAAAUCCUGACCUUUGCGUUCAUGACACAUACAUUCUAUGAUACUCCUAUGACCAUAAGUUCCAGCAGGAUCCAGGCAGCAAAUUGUUGUAGGAGAAUGCACUCAAAUAUCUUUAGCCACCUUGUAAUUGCCCAGCUUUUUUUAUGAAGAGGAAUGAGAGGGAUGAUGGCAGAGGGAACCCAAGUGUUUUUUCAGAGUGGGUUUUCUUCUUCUCCUUUCAUCAGAAAUUAAAACGAAGAUUGCCAUUGUAACACACAUUUAAGAUGUAGCCAUGAUGCCUACCAAUCAGUUAGAUCCCAGGGUUUUUUUUUUAGGGUUUUGUUUUGUUUUGUUUUGUUUAGAAAAUAAAAUAGAACAGUUUACAUUGAUUGUUCUUAGAAUCAUUGAAGUCUGUUGGGAUUGAAGUCACAUAAUUUACAGGUUUAAGUAGAACCCAUUCUUGUAAAAAAAAAAAAAAAGUCUUGAUCAGUAUUGUCUUGUCUCAGUCUCUCUUCCACCCUCUAUCCACUCCUCAGUUUUUAUUCAGAAAUUGUGUGGUACAAAUGGAAACACCUUGGAAAAGUUUUUGUACCUCCUGCCCAAAGAGCAAAAGCACAUAGAAAUAACUAUAACCAUAAGGUACAACUUUAAGAGAUAAAAAUGUUGACUUAUUAUUCCUGUUGUCAACACAUGCUUAGCUUACCUAUUUCUGCACUAUCAGUUACAUGGAAAUUAAUUCUGAAUGAGAGGCUGUCCACCUGCUAUUUGUAGUGACAUCCUGGUCCAAGGGAAGAUAUCUUACAGGUCUGGAGAUGCAACUUAAACGUAUUCAGUGAUAACUAUUGACAUGAAUGCUCAUAGAGAUGCUGCCUUUGAGUUCAUGUUAAAUUGAACCUAGGGUCUGUUGGAAACUCUAGUUUGAGAUCUGAAAACUUUGAUUUUGGUAAAAAUUUAAAUAGGAGUCCUAUAAAUCCUGAUUUAUUGUUAUGGUUAGGGUUAGGGCACUGUGCCCCUUAUCCAUGUGGAAAUAUAAAUUGUUAAUGGUAUAUAUGUUCUUAUCUUUGUGGUACUCCUAGAAAUGAAUAUGUUCACCUGAUUUCAAAAACAACUUCUUAACUUUAUAGGUGAAGAUUUUAGGGUUGGAUUCUAUUUGCCACAUUUCAUUUAUAUGGAAUAGAUGGAACCCAGUACAUUUGCAUGUAGAAAUAAUUAAUAAAGUGUUAAGAAUUAGGAAUCACAAUACUAGCUUCUCUUAAGCAUCACAGUGAUUAAAAAACAUUCUGUGUGAAUUUUGUUAAUGAUACAGGUCUUGCAUGGAAAUCCCAAUGAGCACAAAGUUUUGGAGUAUUUUAAGAAUAUUGACAAAGCAGAUUUGACCUUUUGUAUGAGUGUUUCUGUUUCUAAGAUGUAUAAUGUUUUGAAAUAGGCCAAAACAAGGGAACUAUAAAAGUAGGAAGUCACAUUUCUAGAUUGCAUUUUUGUUUCUCUGUUUGGUUCUCAAAUUAGUAUUAAUUUGCACAGUCUUUGGCGAAACCUCAUACAAACAAGACAAGUUUUUAUUCCCUGCAUUCUAUACACAUGUAUUUUGGUUAUGUAUAUCGAUCUAUAUAUGAGAUAACACUCAUUUGUUAUCUAAAAGUGGCCUUGUUUGAAUGCUGUACUAAGGUAAAUGAAACAAACUACUAUGUUAGAUACAUACCUUUUUUCUUAAUUUAUCCAAAGGGAGUCAUUACAUGCAAUGGCAACAAUUUUAAUUAUUCCAGAAUAAUGAAAACAGUAAUAUUAUCAUCUGACUCUAAAUAUAACUGAUUUUUUCUC